UCAGUAUGAAAAGCUGGUCUGAGACGAAAUGAUGCCUGUAGGUCGGGCUCUUUAGUACACUCUGUAUGUUUAAGGGUGGACUGCGACUGAGCGUCCAGAGACCCACGUCUCUCACGUACGAGACUGUCUGCUGUCCGGAGCCUUGCCGUUUUUCUGAGAAUGGGAUUAAAUUCACUAUAGCACUCAAAAUUAUACGUCGCUUAAAAAACUCUUUUCGCAAAUCGCUUUGCAGUAUUUACAGGUUAUGCGGUUGACGACUAAACUGUAAAACUUGAAAUCGUGACCAGCGAUAUUCGUCAAUGAAACACGUUUGCAGCUACAACGUUGCAGGAAGCCUCAGGGGGUCCUGCGUGCUCAGUUGGUCUUAAAGGAGCAGUCAAAGUAGCACGCGAGGGUAAAAUGACCAUGUCCGUCCCAGAGAACAUAUCGGGGUCCGGGGGGAAAGAGGAGGAGAGUGAAGAUGAGAGUGAAAUCUUGGAGGAAAGCCCCUGCGGCCGCUGGCAGAAGCGACGGGAACAGGUCAGUCAGGGAAAUGUCCCAGGCAUUGAGAGUGCAUACUUGGCCAUGGACACUGAGGAAGGGGUGGAGGUGGUGUGGAACGAAGUGCAGUUUUCAGACAAGAAGGUUUUCAAAUCCUUUGAGGAGCGGAUAAGGGAGAUGUUUGAGAACCUGAUGCAGGUGGAGCAUCCGAACAUUGUGAAGUUCCACAAGUACUGGUUGGACAUGAGAGAGAGCAGAGCGAGGGUGAUUUUUAUCACUGAAUAUAUGUCAUCUGGAAGUCUAAAGCAGUUUUUGAAGAAGACCAAGAAAAACCACAAAACUAUGAAUGUGAAGGCAUGGAAGCGUUGGUGCACACAGAUACUCUCUGCACUCAGUUACUUGCAUUCAUGUGAUCCACCCAUUAUCCACGGUAACCUGACCUGUGACACAAUCUUUAUCCAGCACAAUGGCCUCAUAAAGAUCGGCUCAGUUUGGCACAGGCUGUUUGUCAAUGUGUUUGCUGAGGCGAUUCAUGGCAAUGUGCAUCAACAUCGAGAUGAAGUGCGGAACCAGCAUUUCUUUGCUCCAGAGUAUGGCAUGGCUGGAGAUGACUACGCCAUUGAUAUAUUUUCAUUUGGGAUCUGUGCCUUAGAGAUGGCAGUACUAGAAAUCCAGGCCAAUGGAGACAACGCCGUUUCUAAAGAGGCCAUUGAUCAUGCCGGACAUUCACUUGAGGACCCUCUCAUGAGGGAAUUUAUCCAGUCGUGUGUGCUCACAGAAGCCAAGACGAGACCUACAGCUCAUGACCUGCUGUUCCACAGAGUGUUAUUUGAGGUCCACUCCUUAAAACUGCUUGCUGCACACUGCUUCAUCAAUAACCAGUAUCUCCUUCCUGAGAACUGUGUGGAAGAGAAAACAAAAUCUUUUGACCCUAACGGCGUCAUGGCAGAGAUUAAUCAUCGUGACCGGCCUGGAGUCCAUCUAAAGUACUCUCACGUUUCUCCUCUGGAGCUGGACAAAUUCCUUGAGGAUGUGAAGAACGGCAUAUAUCCCCUCAUGAACUUUGCUUCCCAGCGACCGCAUCCUAUUCCCCGUGCACUUUCAUUGUCACAGGAACAGAUGGAGACUGUGAAGACCCCAACCCCAGAACCACAGGAGACUGAAACCAGAAAGGUUGUCCAGAUCCACUGUAAUUUGGAAGCAAAUGAGGAAGGCACAAGGAGUCAUCUCUCUCUCUUUUUAAAAAUGGAUGACCGGCUUCACCGGCAGCUUAGCUGUGAUGUUUUGCCAUCUGACACCCCCAAAGAUUUGGCUAGUGAGUUGGUUCACCAUGCCUUCAUCAGUGAGGAAGACUGCGAGAAGUUGGCAUGUUUUCUUGAGGAUGCAUUAUGUAAGCACUGGUCAGGGACAUCCACCUCCCCUACUGCCAUGGCUGUGAUGUACUAAGCCUAGCUGCUCCCAUAAUAGACAGAAAGAGAUUGAAGACAGGGCCAGAGCUUGAGAAAAAGAGAUGACGAGAGAUCCAGAAGAGGGAAAUGAGUCCAAAAGUGCAACAUUUACAUCAUGAAGGUCAUGAAAAGAUGGCUUCAGAAUAAAGUGAUGGGCCUGGGGAGAAGAGCUUGCACCAUACUGCAUGGUAUCUGCAAAAACUCAGACGAGCUCAAACUGUUAAUUUUGAUCUUGACAGUUGAAUUACUGCUAUCACCUCACCAUGAUGAUUUUUUUAUGAGUUUAAAGGAUUUUUAAUUACAUCCCUCCAAGUCAUCGUGCCUAUAUGGCAUAAUCCAUCCUCAUCUCACAAAGGACAAAAUCUCGGACGGACAGUUUUGUUCCAGAUAAAUGUUAUUUAUUAUUUUAAAGAAUUAAUACCUUGUCUUGGUAUAAAUGUUUAGAAGUUCAAGCAAGGAAAUGCAUUAAACCGUUAAACCGAUUCUGCAUUUCUACAUGAUAUUAUUCUGUAUGCUUUAAAAAGCUGAGGUUGAGUAAACGAAUGUGCGGUACUAUGACAAAAGUGCUCUUUACACCUAUUAUACUAAUAUAUUUCAGUUCAUUUUUUUCAGGCUUUAAACUUCAUUUCUUGCUCUUAAUAUUGAAUUUGUAAUCUUAAUCUUUGAAUUUUUUCAGUUUAAGAUGUCUUUUUAUUUAAAGCUGCAGUCCGUCAUUUUACCGCUCCAGCGGUUAAUAAACAGAAGUGCGUGCGACUUGCAGAAGAACAUUAUAGCUGGAGCUACUUUUCUCUGUUUAUGUUUAUGGCAAAUCACGCAGGUAAUGGGCUACUCCACAGCCGUACCUACCCAAACCAGUCUAAAUAGUCCGAAUAUAACCGUAAUGAUUCAGGACAAGCCAAAAAUGGACUCAUGGUAUACUCCGUUAUUAUAUACAUUUUGAACACAAAUAAGUAACGGAAUGCAGCUGAACUUUUUUGUUCUCAAUUGUUUUUUUUCAUGAAGAUGGUAACUUUGCAGAUGUUUGUAAACAGUGGCAGUAGCGGUAUUCUUAAAUGGAUCCUUCCCCAAAAUGAAAAUGUUGUCAUUAAUUACUUACCCCCAUGUCGUUCCAAACCCGUCAAAACUUUGUUCAUCUUCAGAACACAAUUUAAGAUAUUUUGGAUGAAAAACAGGAGGCUUGUGACUGUCACAUAGACUGCCAAGUAAAAUACUCUGUCAAAAAUUCUGAAAAGCAUCAUCAGAAUAGUCAAUCUGUCAUCGAUGAAUCGAUAAAUAUUGCACAAUAUUUAAUGCGCAUCUUGUCAGUAAUUCCGGUUCUGUAAUCAGCGUUAAAUCUCUACACAUGCUCGAUUUCACAUGUAGCAGUAUUUACUAUUCAGAUCCGUCGUUCACUUACAAGCUGUGCAAAACAUGAUCGUGGUUUGGCACAGUUUGUCAGUGCACAAUGGCUUUGUGUAGUAAAUGCUGCUACAUGUGAAAUCACGCAUGUGUAGAGAUUUAAUGCUGAUAACAGAAUCAACGAUUGAACCAAUGAUGGUAGAUGGACUAUUCUGACGAUGCUUUACAUACUUUACUAAAACUUGACAGUGUAAUUUACUUGGCAGUCUAUGGGAUAGUCACAAGCUUACUGGUUUUCUUCCAAAAUAUGUUAAAUUAUGUUUUUAAGGUGAACAAAGCUAUUACGGGUUUGGAUGGGGGUAAGAGAUUAAUGUUAAAAUUUUAAUUUUGGGGUAAAGUAUCCCUUUAAGUAGUAUGUUACCAUUCAAAAAUUUUAGGUCAGUAAGAUUUUGGGGGAUCUUUUUAAAGAAAUUAAUACUUUUAUCCAGCAAGGGCACAUUCAAUUUAUUAAAAUUGACGGUAAAACUUUUACAUUUUUGUGAAAAUAUCUUUUUUUUAAAUAUAUAUAUAUAUAUAUAUAUAUAUAUAUAUAUAUAUAUAUAUAUAAAUGCUGCCCUUUUAAACUUUCUAUUAAUUUAAAGAAAAUGUAUCAUGGUUUCCACAAAAAUAUUAAGCAGCACAAUUUUUACAAUAUUGUACAAUACAAUAUUACUGUUUUACAGUAUUUUUGAUGAUACUUAAUAAAACUUAAAAGACUUCUUUCAAAAAAUAUUCAAAAAAAUCUUUCUGACCUCGAGUAUACAAGAUGUUCUAUCUGAUAAUUUCUCUAUUUUAAGCAAUAAAGCAGAAGAGCACUUCAUACAUAUUUCUUUUAUCAAGAAAAGGCUGAACUAAAACCUAUACAUUUCAGUAAGACAUUUGUUUUUAUUCAUUCAUUUAGCAGUCAUUUUGUUACCAAAGCAACCGAAUACAAAUACAAACAUAUAUAUAUAUAUAUAUAUAUAUAUAUAUAUAUAUAUAUAUAUAUAUAUAUAUAUAUAAUAAGAGCAUAAUUUAAGCAACUAAUGACACAGGGGUGCUGUUCAUGAGUCUAACAAUGUUGACAUGGGAUUUUUUUUUAUUUGCCUUCUUAAUGUGAAUAUAACCUGAUCCUAGAUCAGCUGACUGUUUAGAGGUGUUCAACAUAUAUGGGCCCAGUUUACUUUUAAUUAUUUCUGUGUCCCUUACACUAAUUAAUGCAUAGUGAUAGCAUACUAUGAACUGACUGUUGACCAAAUCAAAAGAAACCAUGAUUUACUUUAAUAAAUCCCUCUAUUGGGUAUGAAGGGCUUUUAUUCUAUCUGGCAUUUACAUAUUGCCACGGUAUGAGUAUGUUUUAUGUCAUGUAAAAUGUUUCAUACACUACUUUGUAUGUAUUCUAUAUGGGAGAACUUGAACAAUGUCAAGGCCAAAGAUGUACUGGGUGCAAUGCUGGCAAGAGUGGGUAUUACAUUGCAAGCAUAAUGUCCUGUGUAUGAUACUUGCAUAUUUACAACCGUAAUCAUUCUGCGAAAACAUCUAUGUUGCCAUGCCGUCAAAAGCAAUAGUAUCUGUUUUAGAGAUGUUUUCAGUACUGUAUUCUCCAAUGGCUGUGACUUUCCAAUAUAACUUAAAAAUAUGUGCAUGUCAGGAAAGGAAUGCGUUUACAGAACUGUUCAUUUUUGUUAUAUUGGCAUGGUUGUACAAUGGAUGUAUUGCAGCUUCAGAAAACUAUUACAAGGGAUUUGUAAUUUCCAUUUAUCUGUGCAAAUUCAAAUUAUUCAGAUGACAAGAAAAAAGUCCCCAAUCCUCCCAGUGUUAUUAUGAGACUCCAGUGUCUUGCAAUGUCUCUACGUACAAAUUUAUUACAAGAGAUAUGAAUGUACAGUGAGUAACUGUUUAAAUAUACUCUUCCUAAUUCCUAUCUCAUCUUAAUCAAAUGCAUUAACCAGACAUUUGCUUUGGGCAGUUUUAUUGUAUUUUCUUAUGUUUAUUUGUGUUGAAAUUGUAUACUGUGACAUGAAAUACUAUAACAUUAAAAUAUAUAAUUAACACUGAAA